UCAAAUUCGAAACUAUUUAGUUCACAAUGGAGUAAGAAGAAACCAGGAGGACUGAACAUCAUAUGACCACAAUUGAUUAAUAUGAUUUUUUGCCUGUCUAAGUAGCAACUCCCAGAAUGAGUACAAACAAGAAAUCUGCCAAGAAGGGCAGCCAUCACUUUCAUGUUGAUGAGUCGGACCUUUUGUGUAAAAAUGGCUGUGGUUUCUAUGGUAACCCAGCAUGGCAGGGGUUUUGUUCCAAGUGUUACAGAGAGGUUUACCAAGCGGCUAAGCAGGCCCAGGCUCAGCAUGAUGAACAACAGCACAGGCCGAUGGGGGAGACAGAAGAGGCCAGUACCCCCCUCUUCUCCAAGUUCACCGAGAAGAAAUCGCUGCAGUUCAACAAAAGAUCUCACACUGUCAAAUCCAUAUUCAGGAAAACUCCAACAAAAGAUUCCCCCAUUCAGGAAAACACACCCCCUCGUAAAGAAAUCAAACGUGUCAGCUUGGAAACCCAGCAGCUUGGAACAGAGUUUGCCGACUACCUGAAGUCUCUUCGCAAAAACGUGGCUGUUGAUGUAUCCAAGCACACCAAAGCCAUAGUGGACAAACUGAGUCAGUAUGCGGACGCUUCAGUGGAGGAACUGUCCGAGAUGAUUCAGGACUUCUACCAGAACAUGUCUGAUAGGAUGAAUUCACACAAUACUUACAAAGGUCAGAGCCCAGAGAUGUCGGAGAAGCUGUUAGACUACAUAGAGAAGUAUGUGAUGGUACGAGUCUACUCCAUGGUAUUCUGUCAGAGUAAUGAGGAUGAGCAGAAGGACCUCCAGAUCCAGGACCGUAUUCGUGGGCUUCACUGGGUCACAGCUCAGCAGUUGGAUACACCCAUCAACGACAAUGAGGAUGAAGUACGGCAGCUCGUUGACCGUGCCAUCACAGAAAUAAUCGAGAUGAACUCAAAGAAGUCUCCCCCAGACAAGUUGGACUGUGUCACCCGAUGUUGUAAGAAUAUUUUUGAAAUCCUCCGUCAUUCCAAAACUGGACCAGCAAAUGCAGACGAUUUCCUACCAGCAUUAAUCUUCAUUGUUCUGAAGGCCAACCCACCUUUGCUUCAGUCAAACAUUCAGUACAUUACAAGGUUUGCCAAUCCAAGUCGGCUGAUGAGUGGAGAAGCAGGAUACUACUUCACAAACUUGUGCUGUGCUGUAUCUUUCAUUGAGGGAAUCAAUGCAGAGUCUUUAAAUCUGACACAACAGGAGUACGAUCGCUACAUGUCAGGGGAGGCCAUUCCUCCCCAGGCCGGACAAGACAAUACAUGUGAGGGUCUGCGCAUCAUGUGGGAGAACCUACGAACUCUGUCCGAGCUCCGACAACGACAGGAGAAAGUGAUGGCCGACACGCUGCAGCUUCAGCAGGACAUGAUCGAGUUUAAAGACAGUUUCAGGCAGGAAGUGCAGGUUGUUCUAGAGAAGAAUCCCUGGGCGUUGAGGCCGCGGAAAAUGAAAAUAGACAUUGAUGCAGAUACAGAGAACAUGACAAAUCUUCCUACGCCGCUUCUUCCAGAGCCACUGAUGCCAACAAAGGCACAGGCGGUGGUUGGACUGGGGGCCAGUGAGGAGGCAGCUCCCGCCUCCUCUGAUGUCUCUGGCCAGGAGACAUAACUCUCUCACACCUGCUAACUGGAUCAUGAUUCAUAGCAUUUUUGUAACACAAGAAUGUAAGGGAUGAAACUUUGUAUGAAUGAAGGAGAAAUUAUUUAUUUGUUUGAAUUUGUUAAAAGCUAUUUAAGCCAAAUUGUGCUGCAGACCUAAAAAGGCCCCCUUUUUAGCAAAGCAAAAAUCUGUAAUGAUGGUAAAGAGAUAGUAUAUGUGUUGAACAAGUAAAAUGAAACGGAAAUAUAUGUAAAAGAGAAAUUUAGAUAGUAAUGGGAGUGGCAGGGAUAGUGCUUUAAUCCACUGGUUUUCAUUUGUAUUUAUUUUGUUAUUUGUAAACAUAUUACUUAUUUUUUAUUUAAUUUAAUUUUAAAAUGCAGUACGCAGUUACAGAAUAAUGGAGUUUUACAUACGUAUUGUGUUUUUUUUAAAGAGUGCACUGUGUGAAGCACUGUAUGUGUGUAAAUCAACAAAUGGUGUAUGUAUGUGUAUGUGCGUGUGAUCUGUAUGCUUAGUAUUAGAAUAAUAUCUGUUUACUUGUUAUAAUGAGAAGGACUCAAUAAAAAUAAUAACAAU